UUAAAGACUUCUUCAUGAUUUUCUACUCCGGAAGCAUGAAUCUUAUUUAAGAACUCAAGAGAGUGUAAGUCAUUCAAAAAAUUUGAAAGAGGCUAUUUACGAAAAGUGAUUGAGAAUGAUUGUAUUUAAAAAACACAAUCCGGCGAUAGAAAAUGGACUCGGAAGAAGAAAGGGACUUCGAAGAAGCGAUGAGGAAUCACGCCGACGUCUCCUGAAGCUGGCCAAUCACGUCUUCUCCGCCGUCGCCAAAACGGAAUCCAACUUCGUCUUCUCCCCUAUCUCAAUCCACCUCAUGUUAAGCCUCAUCGCCGCCGGCUCCAAGAGCCGCACUCUCGACGAGCUCCUAGCUUUCCUCAAAUCAAACUCCGCCGAAGAUCUCCACGCAUUAUAUUCAGAGGUCCUCUUCCCCGCCUUCGCCGACGGCCGCCCUCUCGGCGGCCCCCAAAUAUCGGUGGCCAACGGCGCGUGGGUCGACCAGACUCUGCCUUUGAAGGCUUCUUUCAAGCAUGUGGCGCAGACUCUUUACAAGGCUGAUUAUCAAUCCGUCGAUUUCCACAACAAGGCAAUUGAAGUUGUUAAUAAUGUGAAUUUGUGGGUUGAAGAGGAGACUCGGGGUCUUAUCAAACAUAUUCUUCCUGCUGAUGCAGCAAAUAGUGAAACUAAGUUCAUUUUAGCAAAUGCCUUGUAUUUCAAAGGAGAGUGGUAUGAGAAGUUUGAUGCAUCAAAGACGAAGGACGGCGAGUUCCACCUCCUUAAUGGGACCUCAGUACAAGUCCCAUUCAUGUGCAGUAAGAAGAAACAAUGUGUGAAAGCCUUUGAUGGUUUCAAAGUAUUGAGUCUAUCCUAUAAACAAGGGGACGAUGACGAUGACGAUGAUGAUGAUUAUGUUUAUGAUAGGCGUCGUUUCUGCAUGUACAUCUUCUUACCAGAUGCCAGGGAUGGGUUACCGUCUCUAAUGCAUAAGCUCUCGUCUGAGUCUGGACUCUUGGAGGAGUGCCUCCCCAACUAUGCUGUGAAAGUGGGUGAGUUUCGUAUCCCAAAGUUCAAGGUAUCUUUUGGGUUUGAGGUCUCAGACGUUCUGAAGGAGCUUGGGGUGGUGUCUCCUUUUGCUGGAGGAGAGGGCCUCACCGAGAUGGUGGAGGGAAGUGAAGUCUAUGUCUCACAAAUAAUACACAAGUCUUUUGUCGAGGUUAACGAGGGAGGCACUGAAGCUGGUGCUGCAACCGUGACUUAUGGGAUUGGUGCCUGCUGGCGGCCGGAGGAAGAAGAAGAGGUGGAUUUUGUAGCGGACCAUCCGUUUCUCUAUUUUAUCCGGGAAGAUAUUUCCGGAACCAUUCUCUUGCUCGGGACUGUGACUAAUCCUCUUUGAACAAUCAUUCUUGGUCGCAAAUCGCGAAAUCGAUCCCUCCCUCGCCCCCUGGAGCGAGUUCUCUGGUGUCAAAUGGCACUUCCUAUAACGUGCCGAGAUUGUUAAAUUGUUGCUAAGCUCUCAUUUGUUUUUAGUACGUGAAAUUUGCACUAAAUAGGACUAAAACAUAAUGACUUUCCUAAUGUAGGACUUAAACUUUUUUAUUUCCUAAAUAGGACUUAAUAAUGACCUAGUGGGAGG